CUGAGCAAGCUGGUCGGAGGCGGGCCGGUGACGGCGGAGGCGAUGGCGCCCGUGCUCAAGGCGCUGCUCGACCGGCUGGUGGAGAAGAACGUGGCGCAGGAGGUCGGCGCCAAGGUGAUCGACGCGGUGGGCGCGUCGCUGGUCGGCGCGUCGCUCCCCACCUUCGGCUCGCUCGCCAGUACCGUCAAGGCGGCGAUGGCGGAGGCGUUCGGGCGCGUGCUCACCUCGCCCCGAGAGGCAGCCGACCUGCUGCACGACGUCUCGACGGCGCGCGGCGGCAAGCGGCCGUACGUGGUGGUGUUUGUGGGCGUCAACGGCGUCGGCAAGAGCACUUCGCUCUCCAAGGUUGCCUACUACAUCAAGUCGAACGGCUUCGUGCCGCUCCUCUGCGCUUGCGACACCUUCCGCUCCGGCGCCGUCGAGCAAUUGCGCGUCCACGCCCAAGCGCUCGACGUGCCCCUCUUCCAAAAGGGGUACGGCAACGACGCGGCGCAGAUCGCUGCCGACGGCAUCGCGCACGCGCAGGCGAUGGGCGCAACGCGGCGCCUCGCGAUGGGGUAUGACGCGGUGCUCGUCGACACGGCCGGCCGGAUGCAGGACAACGAGCCGCUCAUGCGCGCGCUCGCCAAGCUGGUGCAUGUCAACUCGCCCGACCUCGUCCUCUUCGUCGGCGAGGCGCUGGCCGGCAACGACGCCGUGACCGGCUUCAACGCGUCGCUCGCCCAGUACGCGGGCGGCAAGGCGCCGCGGCUGAUCGACGGUGUCAUCCUCACCAAGUUUGACACGAUCAACGACAAGGUGGGCGCCGCCCUCAACCUCGUCUACACGACGGGCAAGCCCGUCGUUUUCGUCGGCGUCGGGCAGACGUACGAGGACAUCCGCAACCUCAACGUCGAGCACGUGGUGCGUGCACUCACCGGCUGA